CGCGAAAAAAGGGUUGCAGCGGAGAUCCAUUUAAUCCGACUUACACCUGUUUCUACCAACGCAGUUUAACUUUAAUCUCGGUUCAACUUGCUUUGUAUCUUUUUCUAGUGAAUUGGAAAAGGACAAGAAGCAAUUCGAGCCGAGAUUAAAGUUAAUCCGCAUUGGCAGAAACAUUAGUCGGCGGAGGAACGCGGGUGAAACGCGUUCCCCCGAGACCGCGCCGUCGUCCUCCGCCCACAAGGCGUGCACGGAGUGAGAGCGAGUCACAUGACUGCGCGCCGCGUGUCCGUCGCGGCAACGAGGUCACGUCACGCGGCAUGCGUCACGGCUGCUGUCACCGCAGGCGGACACGAAGCGGCACGGCAUGACGCUCUGGAGAGAUUCGGCAGGUUAGGACACCGAUGCCCGCCGCUCUGUAUCUCGCAGCACCUUUGACUCCGAUAAACGGCCCCCGAUUUUCGUUGGCGCAACGUCGGACGGGCGGGCGGGCGACGUAACGCGACGGCGAUCUGACGCGGCGUCCUUCGUCCCGUCGUCCUCGCCGGAUCACGUGCGCACGGAGUCUGGAGACCCUUCCAUCCCGCGUUGACGAGGGAUCCGCGCGAGGGUGAGGGAAGGUCGCGUCUCGCGAGAGGAGCCCAGAGCCGUUUAUGCCCAGCGACGAGCCGUCACGAUGGAGCCCGGCAGCUCGACGGACGAUUACGCGGAGAUAAUACGGAAGCUGCCUCUCUACUUGAGACUGGCCUACGGCACCGGGCAUGUGCUCAACGACAUCUGCGCUUCCAUGUGGUUCACGUAUCUGCUGGUCUUCUUUCACCUGGUGCUCGGUUUCGAUCCGGCUCUGGCCGGCGUGGUGCUACUGAUCGGCCAGGUAGCGGACGCCCUGGUCACCCCGUUCGUCGGCUUUCAAUCGGACAGGAACGACGACUUCUGGCUGUGCCGAUACGGCAGAAGGAAGACCUGGCACUUGUUAGGCACUAUUUGCGUAUUAUUGGGAUUCCCGUUUAUAUUCUCGCAGUGCAUAGGCUGCGAGAGUGCGCAUCAAUACGCACAGCUAGUUUACUACGCCGCCUUUGUAGUGAUUUUCCAAUUUGGUUGGGCAGCGGUACAGAUAUCGCACCUGGCCUUAGUCCCAGAGCUUACGCCCGCCGAGCACGAGAGGACCGAACUCAUAGCUAUAAGGUUCACAUUCACCGUCUUCUCCAAUGUUCUCGUCUACUGUAUUAUGUGGGGCGUAUUACACAUAACGAGCGAUCAGUACGACACUCAGAUUGGACCUAAUGACAUUCACAAAUUUCAGAAAGUCGUUCUAAUUGGAAUGAUAACUGGAUUGGUAGCAUCCAUAGUCUUUCAUGUUAUUGUUAAGGAAAGCGCUAAUGGCAGCGCUAAUGCUAGCUCUCUGGAUCGAAAUGCCAGGCCAGCAUCAGUAUUAUUGAGAGAUGCGAGAUUGUAUCAAGUAGCGUUCGUCUACAUGCUUACGCGACUGUUUAAUAAUUUGUGCCAAAUAUACAUACCCCUAUAUUUACACGAGACACUGAAUAUGCCUGCGACAUCUCUGGCUUAUAUACCGCUGACAAUGUAUCUGAGUAGUUUUCUCACGUCUUUAAUCAUAGAGAGGCUUAAUACAAAAUGGGGUCGAAAAGUCGCGUAUUCUAUCGGUGCUCUACUUGCGAUAUGCGCCUGCACGUGGAUACAAUUUGGCAAUGGCGAUGUAUAUAUUAAAUAUCAGAUCUACGCUGUGGCUGUGUUAUUAGGUGCUGCUGGUGCAAUAAUGUUAGUGACUAGUCUCGGUGUUACUGCUGACCUGAUAGGAAAAAAUACUGAGAGCGGUGCCUUUGCUUACGGAGUUAUGAGCUUUACGGACAAACUUAGCAACGGCCUGGUGGUUAUGCUGAUUCAAUACUUAGUAAAGCACUGUUCGUCGGGUUAUACUAAUUAUUACUACAGAGACAUUCUUACAUAUGUCUGUGGCGCGUCUGCGGCAUUUGCUUUACUGAUGAUCUUGUACAUCAAACCGUUUUCCCGUACCAUGGUCUUCGAUACAUUACACAACGAUGACGAUGAAGGUUUCAUAGAAACUCCAAAUGCGAUCGACGGAAACUCCUCUUCAAACCAAUCUCAAGCCAGUGCACAUGCGUAAUCUGAUCUACAAUUUAUAAAUCAAUAAUAUACGGAAUUUACAGAUUGGUAUUUAUUAAGAGAAAAUAAGUGAUAAUUGCUGUAUGGGCUAUGAUAUGUGAUGUAUAGUAACCGAAUUACUAUCUUUUUUACUUGAGAUCGCCGAUAUUAUUGUUAACAUUAUUACAGCUUUAUAUAUUUUAAUAAUAUAGAUAUUGAAAUUUAUUUUAUGUUUUAUUAACAGAUUUAUUAUAACGAGACUAUUGUAAAGAUUAUUGUAAACGAUUUUUAAAUAUAAAUAUUUAAAAUUUUUUAUA